GUAUCACCUGCAGCCAGCGGGGGUUCAAUGCAAAUGGGCGGUGUUUUAUCCUGGAUAAGGAAGACCCACCAUUCAAAGCUGUAUUUCACAAUCUGUCAGUGCCGUGUCGACUGUAGCACCAUGGCUUUAAUGACGUUUAACUGUAAAUACAUGUCAUGGCCGCGGUUUUCGGAGCAGUAAGGCUCGCCUGUUGGUGGUGAUCCGGCCUGCCGUCCUGAGUGCUGACUGCAGCGUGUAGAUGCCUUGGCUGAGAUGAGUGUCAAGGCUUUUGAGCUAGUCCCCGCUGUGGAGCGAGACCUCCUCAUGGGCGACAAAGCUCGCAUCAACAUUGAGUGCAUUGAAUGCUGUGGAAAGCACUUGUAUGUGGGCACCAAUGACUGCUUCAUCCACCACUUUCUGCUGGAGGAGGUCACUUCAUCCAAAGGGAAACUGAGUUACUCAGCACAGAAGCUGCUACACAAAUACCUGGGCCUCAAGAAACCAGUCGCUGAGCUGCGGGCCGCCUCUGCUUUGGAGCGUCUGAUAGUGCUUUGCGAUGGCAUAGUGUUCCUCGUGGACAUGGUGACAUUGGAGACCGUGCCCUCAGCAGCAGGAGGUGGAGCCAAGAUCAGAGGUGUGACGGCGUUCUGCAUUAACGAGAACCCGGUGAACGGUGAUCCCUUCUGCGUGGAAAUGUGCGUGCUCUCCUCCAAGCGCCGGACAGUACAGAUUUACAUGGUGUAUGAGGACAGAGUGCAGCUGGUCAAAGAGGUGACCACUCCCGAGCAGCCCUGCGCCGUCAGUCUGGAUGGUUACUUCCUGUGUCUGGCUCUGACUACGCAGUACAUGAUCCUUAACUACAACACAGGAGCCUCCCAGGAUCUCUUUCCGUACAACAGCGAGGAGAGGAGACCCAUUGUGAAGAGGAUCAGCAGGGAGGAGUUUCUCUUGGCAGCACCUGGUGGUCUGGGUAUGUUUGCCAAUGCAGAAGGGAUAUCCCAGCGGGCUCCAGUCAACUGGUCAGAGAGUGUUAUUGGUGCGGCGGUUUGUUUUCCAUACGUGGUGGCUUUGGAUGAGAGCUUCAUCACAAUCCACAGCAUGUUGGACCAACAACUCAAACAGACCCUUUCAUUCAGGGAGGGACACAUUCUGCAAGACUUUGAAGGGAAGGUCAUUCUGGCUUCCACUAAGGCCGUGUAUGUCUUGGUUCCUUUGCCGCUGGAGAGGCAGAUUCAAGACUUACUGGCCGGUCACAGAGUGGAGGAGGCGCUCAUCUUAACAGAGGGAGCGCAGAGGAAUAUUCCCAAAGACAGGUUCCAGAUUUUGCACAAAAGAAUCCUCCAGCAGGCAGGUUUCAUACAGUUUGGACAACUUCAGUUUUUGGAAGCGAAAGAACAUUUCAGGAAGGGUCAGUUGGAUGUACGAGAGCUGAUAUCUCUCUACCCGCUGCUGCUGCCGGCUUCUUCCUCAUUCACACGAUGCCACCCUCCUCUGCAUGAGUUUGCAGAUCUCAACCAUCUGGCACAGGGUGACCAGGAAAAAGUGUUACGAUGCAAGAAAUUCCUUAUUAGUUAUUUAGGAGAGGUACGAAGCACAGAAGUGGUGAAUGGCUGCAGGGAGGAUGUGGACACAGCACUGUUGAAGCUGUAUGCUGAACAGGAUCAUGAUAGCCUUUUAGACCUCCUAGCUUCAGACAACGCCUGUGUGCUAGCAGACAGUGUCCCAUGGCUGGAGAAAUAUCACAAAUAUUUUGCACUUGGACUGCUCUAUCACUAUAAUGGUCAGGAUUCCGCAGCGGUUCAGUUGUGGAUUCGUGUGGUAGAUGGGGAUCUGCAGGACUCCACAAGAUCUGAUCUUUACGAGUACAUUGUGGACUUUCUCUGCUCCUCCUCCAAUCUGGACCUUGUAUGGAAGUAUGCAGACUGGGCUUUGCGGAAGGAUCCCACCAUAGGUGUUCACAUCUUUACAAAGAGGCCUGUCAGAAAAGAUCAGCCAGAAACGAACCCUGAUGAUGUCAUCACUUACCUGGGGAAGCACGGCCAGGCGCUGCUCCUCUACCUGGAACAUCUGGUGCUGGAGAGAAGGAUACAGAAGGAGAAGUUCCACACACACCUGGCUGUGAUGUACCUGGAGAGGGUCUUAUCUUUGUUGUCGGAGUCGUCAACAGAUGAAGAGCAGCUGACCAAAGCUAGAGAGCGGCUCCAGGCCCUGCUCAGGGAGUCCAACCUUUACCGUGUACAGUUUCUUUUAGGUAAAAUGGAGAACUGUGAACAACUGCUGCUAGAGCGUGCAACACUACAUGGAAAACUAGAGGAGCAUGACAAAGCACUACACAUUUUAGUGCACAAAUUAAGAGACUUCCCGUCCGCUGAGGCCUUUUGCAUAUGGGCCUCUUCUUGUCGAGAUUCUGAGUACCGGCAGCAGCUAUUUCACCUGCUCUUAGGGGUGUAUUUAGAUGGGAGCCUUCCUGGAAAUGCUCAGACGGCAGCAGGAGGUGGCACUGGUGAGCUGGAGAUGGCAGCAGUGGACCUACUGAACCGGCACGGCGAGGUGUUUGAUGCAGUCCGUGUUCUGCGAAUGCUCCCUGAAGGCUGGUCACUGCAGCUGCUGCGGCCCUUUCUGGGUCGAGCCGUCAGGGCCAGUAUGCACGCCUGCCGUACCUCCCAGAUCACUCUGGGGCUAGCCCACUCUGAGAACGUUCAGCUGCUGCACGACAGGCUGAAAGAGCGCAAGAAACCCAUCUUUGUGUCUGAAAAGAAGGGAUGCCACCUGUGCCACAACACCUUCAGUGAGCCGGCCGUGGUGUGUCUGCCAGGUGGAGUGCCCGUCCAUACUCACUGUGUCGCACAGAGAGUAAGAGACUCUCCCACAAAGAGACAGUUGACUAAUAGCAGUAACCAUACGUGAGACUUGACCCUUCAAACAACCAUGUGAUCUGUGAUCAGAGGCACUGAAGUAAAAGCAGGACGCACUGAGAUUUUUGGAUGGCUGGGGACUGUGGGGAUAGCAAAAAGCACAGAACACCGAUUUCCAUGGUAGGAUCUGCAGUGGAGUCAACAAGAAACACAAAGAAAGCUGGGCGAGUUUGUACAUGUGCGAGGGAGGAACAGAGGAUUUCAGCUAUUUAUUCAUGUGCAGCAAUUGUACCACACUUUCAGACUUAAAGUUUCAGUUCAGUUCUUAGCCCGUCCUGUCUUCGCUCGUACAGUUUUGAAUCUGAAUUUGAGAGACCGCUUGAAACGCAGAACACACAACAUUUGAAUCCUGUUGCAAAUUUUUUUUUUGAAGCAUGAAUAGUAUUACAGCUGUUACGGUUGUGGUCUAAUCAACCCAUAUGGGUAUAUUAAUCCUGUCCUAACUUGCACAUUGCAGUGUUGGGGUUUAAUGUGAAAUAUUACAAAGACUCAUCAGUACUGAUGGAAAUGGAAUCUUUUAUGUAUAUCAUUUACAUUCUGCUCUGAUCUGGUCUCACUGCUGCUUUAUUUACCCUCAGCCAUAAGAUCAAUGGACAGUGUAUCACAGUAUUUCAGUUGAUGACUUGACAGCAACAAUUUGAUCCAAACCUACUAGAUUUUGAAUGUCCUGUUAUCGUCUGUGGAGCGUAACCUUGUAAAGCACUACAUGAAAUCUGACACUGCUUCACUAAUCGUCAGUAAGUGUGACUGAAGAUCUCAGAAUACAUUAAGGACCAAUCAGACUGACCUUCUAAAACUUUCACAAAUUACACGGAUCUUUACUGAUGAGUUACACAGAUGGUUAAACGUGACAGCAAAUGUUAUGGCUGAGUGAAAAGCAGCAGCUCAUGUGAAAUCAAGCUUCCUAAGUAUUGUCUGGCUUUGAGUAAAAUAAAUCGAGAGGGAUCUUCAUUGCCCACCUGCUGUCAUAAAUCCAUUUUGUUUGUAUGAUCAGGGUAUAUACAGUCUAUACCAAGCAAUGUUAAAUGAUUCAAGAUGAAAGAUGUGAAAUAAUUACUAUUUUCACAUCAGAUUGUAGUGUAUUUGAUCUGAUGUAUGGUUAAACACAAACUGGUCUGAUAGUGCACAUUGAAAUACAGGCUCCAGAGUAAAACGUCAGCUCACCACAAGUCUGCUUGCCUUUGACCGCUGCAACAGAAAUCCAGUUGAUGAUCAAGGUUUAAAACGUACCUGUGAACACCACUGCGUUCUCAAUUUUGGCCUGCAGCAUGGCUUCACAAUUACAAUAAGCAAGUGCCUCAGCAAGGUAGGAAACCGAUUGAGAGUUGUCAUAAUGAUGAGAAAGGAUAGAAGAGCAUCAGCAAACUAACACAAUCAGAAACAGCUGCAGCAGUGGUUGGCAGGUAAAGCAAGAGCCACACUUCCAAUUGCACCAUCUUGCAUUGGAAAUUAAAAGGCUGGUAAGUGCUUGGCACAAGGAUUGUCUGUGAAAAGCGGUGCUUCACUGACGCUCUGAUGAUGUGAAGGGUGUCACGUGAAGUCAAACACUUCAGACGGCAUCCAUGAAGGAAGCAAUUGCUCUGAAAAUGAUGCAAAACAACAGGAUCUGGUGUUGCCAAAGAAGCCUAAUGUUUUUGAUAGGGCACAGAGUCAAGAUAAACCAACCAGCCAGCAUGUUUGGUUUGGAUAGCGCUGACUGUGUGGUGAAAGUGUGCUGGUAUGAAGCUGUGUGAUAACUAAAGGUGUAAAGGAGCACUUUUAUAAAUGGCACAAUGACUGGAAGUUUGUACUGAAAUACUAAAUUAAAAGAUGACUCCCAGUCUCAAGAAGCUUGGCAGCCAGGGAAUAUUUCCAAACCGAGAACAAUCCCAAACACUGCAACAAUCGCACGAGUUAUUAAAAAAGACAAAAAUGGAAGGUGUGACUUGGCCAAUAUGUGCACCACUUGAAAAACUCUGAAGUAUUUUAAAGUGGAAGUCAGAGCAACAACAACCCUCCAGUUAAAAGCAGCUGAAAGGAAUCAACUGUGAAGAACAGCCAAAUAUUUCCCCACAGAUUUGUGUCAGACUCGUAUCAUCCAUGCCCGGCAGGAUAGAAUCUCUCGUCAAGAAUCAAGGUCGACAUACAAAACAUAAAAUAAUAAAUGAAUUAAACAUAAUCUCAGUAAUGAAGGGUGUACUGACUGGUGUUACAUUCAAGUUUGACUCUGGGGCCUGCAUUUUCAAUGUAGUCUGAACAGUUUGUUUCAGUUAUACUUCAGAUGAAAUACCCUACACUCCAACUUAAAAUAAUAGAUAUUAAAAGAUGCAUUUUUAAACCUUUAGUGGCUUAGUCAGUCUUUGUUAUAUACAAUUCAAUUUGAAUCCUGAAACCAGGAUAUCAGUUUCAGUCAACUUUUGGGAAAAUGAAGUAAUAUUGAGUCGAUGAAAGACUUCAUUCUGAAAUUAAAUUUGGCUUAAAUCUUUAGAAGGUAACAUGUUCCAAGCGUGAAUAAACAUUUACAGUUUUCAAAAAGAAUGGGACUAAAAGCAGUGAGAUAACUGCCAUUUAUUUCAGGUAUUACCAACUGUGGGUAAAUCAGUUACUUUUUCAAGGCUCAUGAGAUGUUGUGUCCAUUUUGUCGAGUUGUAAAAAAAAAAACAUUUGCCACAAGAUGGCAGUAAUGUGUAGCGUGUUUUAAAGGACUGGCUUAUGGAUAUUGCUUCUUCACAUGCAAUUUACUUGUUGCCUUGAAUAUGCUUUUGGAAUCAGGGGUCGAAACUAUGUUGAACUAAUUCUCCAAACAUCCAGUUUUUAUGUUACGCCAUAAAUCCAUUCACAAAUAAUCCCGUUUUGUUUAAAAAGCAAUGCUUUAGUGGUCAUUCGAACUGUGGGAUUAAAAUCUUUACUUAAGUACAAAUUCAUACUCCCUACUUUUCCAUCAGACAUACUUUUAAAGUGUGUUAAAGUACGUAGACGAGGAUGAAUUCUUCCUGCAUCUCCAAUCAUGAUGAUUGUGAAGCAUAACAUUGCACCUGCACAUAACGCCUGAACACGUUCUCGAUGUCUUAGACUUGUGAGAAAACAAAGCAUCCACAACUUUGCUAGGCUAAAAAACAUUUAGUGUUACUUAAUUCAUCUCAGCUUUUAUAACUGCUUCCUCUAGAGCCCUGGAGUUAUGGCUUUAACCUUUUAAUCAUGGCACCUUUCUCAAAAAUGGAAAGAAAUGGAAGCCCGCAAAGCCCUCUUUACAGGCCUGUCAUCACAGAACACUGCUCUCUUCUUCAGCACUUUCCAAAUGUCGCUUUUGUGUCAGAUAACAAAGUGCAACUUAGACCUCAUAAAUAAUUCCCUCAGACAGACAUAACUAAGGGCAAGUGUAUGUAAUAAUGUUUAUGUAGCUAAAUUAGGUGACCAGUCCAGAUCAGGGAUAUAUUCGUAAAUAUUUGCUGGAAGUGAUGCUUUGCAAAAGAAUGUCAGCCUAUUUCGCUUCGUGUUAAUUAAGGUGGCAGGAGAUGCAGGAAUUCUAUAAUGGAUGAAUGAGGGAAAACUAACAAAAACAAAACAUGUUUAUGUAAAUCUGCUGUACACAAUACACAAACUUAAAUCACUGUGUAUCUCCAUAUCUUAUUUAACACUUGUCUGUCAUCCUAACAGUUACAAGAAAGUCUUCUAACUGUUAUCAGUUUGUAAUUCUUAGUAAUAAAACAGAAACACAUUUAUUUAUUUUUAACAAAUUCUCAGUUGUCCUGCCUACAAAAACACAUCACUGUUGUGGGUUUUGCUUGUUUCUCUCGUGCCUGUGCUGUCGAUGCUAGCCAAUUGCAACCCAUUUCUGCAGGAAAAUUUCUGUAAACAUUCUGACUAUUUUUCUAACAUGGAAAUUUGAACAUUGUAGAUACUGUAGGUUUCUCUCAUUUUCCAUGACAGAAAUACACUGCUUAUGCACAGCAUCUUUCUGUCUGAAGAAUAAUUGUAGCUUGGCUAAAAGGCCUCUGCAACAUGACUUAAAACAAACAACAAACUGAUCAGUUCUGUGAGAAAAAAUGCUCUUUUAUAAAUAUAUGUAUACUGGUAUGUAUAUACUGCAUUUGUACUUGUUUGUUGCUUUCUAAAUCGAUGCCAAUGUGGAUGGAGUGUAAAAACUGUAAAUCCGUCCCAUUUUAAUAAACAUGAAACUGUAUAUCAA